CAACAACUCAACACCUCGAUACACCUCACAUUUGACAAACAGACGCAUAUUGGAUAAACAGUGACCGUGAGAAUGGCCUGUCUGGAUGAGGUGCCAUUCAAAAUUCCUCUUUGUCCACUGGAAGAAGCAAGGGAGGAGGUGAAAGUCGUCACUGCACCUGAGAUCUCUAUGCCAGACUACCUGAAAAUUCUUCAAGAGACAGAGUAUGCGUUCAGACUGGAAAACUGGGUUUUGACUGGCCUUCAGGGAGGUUACCCCAGCAAUCCCCGUUCUUCCUUCACCAGCUCCUUCUCUGACAUACCACCCAGCUGUCCCCCGUACUGGAUGAUGUUCAGCAGCCCACAAGAGAGCAGGCUAGCCAGCCGCUGGAACAGCGACUUCUGGGAGCCUAACCCCCGGCCCCGCAGCAUUAGCCUGAACGCGGCCCACCUUCGUAGUAUGAACGAGAGGGUGAAGUUUACCAUAUCCGACUCAGAGGACGAUGACGAAUACGCUCGGGAUGAGAGUGGUCAGUUAUCAAAAGGAAAAGCAUGUGAUGGCUCAGGGUCAGCUCACCAAUCUCCCAGGUCAAAAGACCCAAAGAACCCUGGCUCCUCCUCCAACUUAAGUUUGCCUUCACAAUGCUGCCUGUCUCAGCGCCGGAAGAACCUGCGACAGUCCUCCCUGUUUGUCCAGGAACCCCAGAGGGGGAGCCUGCAGAGGAGCUUGACCUCAGUCAAUAAGAACUGUUCCCUCAGCUCCCAUUCCACUCCUGCGUCUUCAUCCAGCCACGCCCGGUCUGAGAGCAGGGCCUCUGUGCCGUCUCCAGGCCUCCUGCCGGCCUCCUCACGGCCACUCAGUUCCCACGCCACGGGCCUGGACUCUUCUGUGGAGUUGCUCUCCGCCCUCAGCCCAGAGGAGAGGGAGCUGUUGGAGGCUGUGACAGAACAAGGUUACCCGCUGCGCACAGCCAUCAUCGCCCUGCAAAGGACUGGACAACAGAGCCCUGAGCAGAUCCUGAGUUACCUGGUGGCAUAUGAACAUCUGUGUGAGCUGGGCUACGAUGUGGCACAAGUGGAGGAAGCUCUUGAGAUGUUUCAGAACUGUGAAACCAAGGCAGAAGAGUUCCUCCACCUUCUCACUCAGUUCAAUGAGAUGGGCUUCCAGCAGAACGCCAUCAAAGAGGUGCUGCUUGUUCACGAGAACCACCGGGAGCGAGCCCUGGAGGAGCUGAUGACACGGGUGGCAUAAAAAA